AGUCACAAGUGAAAACCUGCUCGACCAACUCUCAUGUAUACUUUUCUUAUUUUCCAAGUCCUAAUUUUCUAUAUUACACUGCGUGGAGCUUGGCUUUCCCACACAUCCUAUUCUCUCCUUCACUUCUCUGUCACCAAACUUCCCCUUCAUGGCCUCCAUGCUCUUGAUCAGACAGAGAAUCCAGCCAAAGGAUCAUCGGGAGACUGAUGUUUUGGCCAUUGAGAAAGCAGCUGCAUGGGUGUGGCACCAACGUAGUUCAUCAUCAGGCUCCGAAGGAAAGAUCAUGAGAGAGUUCCACACCACAAGAACUCAUCAACGCGAUCACCAGCCUUCUCGUUACAAGUUGGAAGCAAUGAAAAUGGCUUCUUCUUCUUCCCAGGAAACCCUGGUUGAUGAUGAUGAGCGAGCCAAGAAGAAGCUGCCUCUUCUUGAUGCCUACGAAGUACGUAGUAUUUUAACGAGACUGGACAAUCUCGUGGCAGAAUCUAAUCAUGACAAACCAUGUAGUUUGAAUGAUAAGACGAAUAUGGGUCGAAGGAUGAAGAAGAAGGUGGGAAAAGGGAUAUGGGAAGGGCGCAGAGUGAUGUGCAGCGCAAGGAAAGAAGACGUGGUGGAUGGAAGAAGAGGCUUUAAGGGCUGUCAGAUUCAGCUUUCUGCAAUGUGUGUACCUGCGACUAAGCGUUCAAUACCACAAGAACUAAUGGUGCUCGUGCUUUGUAAUAAUCUUCCCCCCCCCCCCCAAUCUGUCAUCGUCAAGUAAGUUAUUAUUAGUUUGAAGACCGAGUUAGGAUAUCGAAUUAACCAACAUCUAUCUUAACUUGUAAUCUGAGAAUUGUUUUUGAUUCUGUAGAUAUCUUGUUUGUAGUAGUUAUCGAAGCUAAGCUGGAAAAGGGGAUAAUACAAGAACAAAUGUUUCGUUUGGUUACUGAAAAAGGAAUGAAAU